AUGAAUGAGGCACCAGCGAAUGACUGGUCGGAGUCAGGUAGAACAAGCAGCGAUGAUAUAAACGUCCGAAGCAAUGACGCCAUGGACAUGGACGAACUAAAGCGCGAACUCUGUGAAAUGAACCGGAAGUUUGAGGUUGUGGCGUUCCACUUAAAGUUCACAAAAGCAGAGCACAGUGAAGUUUUGGCCCAAAAAGAGGCAAGAAUUAAGCAGCUAGAGCGGGACCUGGCGGCCAGUGCGCCGGAAGUGGUCGAAGAUGAGAUGGACACCUUGCGAAUCAAGAUAGGUCACCUAAAGAAAAAUGUCGGCAAUCUUGAGAAAGAACGAGAUAUACUGUUCCAUGCAUCCAAACGGAAACAGAGCGAGAUACAAGCAUUGAAUGCACAGAUAGAGACAUUGAACGCUGAGUUGAUUGUAGCACGUGCAUUGUUGGAUAAAAAAGACCCUGAGAUUAAUUCACAUGUUCAAGACAAGGCGACACUUAUGCGACGAUUAGAGGAAAAUACCAAACAGACAGCGGAAUCAAAUACAAAUAUGGCGACGAUUCAAAAGCAGUUGAAGCUGCAACAUAGUAAUGAUAGUAUGUAUGUUCGGAGAGAAAUCCAGGCGGCAGACCAGACGAAGGCCGGGCGCAUGGACCGACGGCUCCAGGAGGCGGUCGGACCAGAAACAAAGGAGCAGAAGCAGAUUGUGUUUAACGGCGAGGGGGUGGGAGCGGCCAAGUCGCGCGAUAGCCGGAACCUGACUAAGCCCCGGUUAUCCGGUAUACAGAAAAAGCGCCCGUGA